ACAUAACCUCCUCCAAAAAAGAUACAAUAAGACCGAAUCAAGUUCACAGUUUUUAUACGCUACCGAGAAAAUCUCCCAUAGUCCAACUAUUUUCCCCUCAAUUUCCUCCUUCUCCCCACUAUAAACCAAAGGAAGACUCGAUUUAAGGGAUUAUUCGAUUCACGUAAUUAAGGAUAUAGUUAUUUUUUGAAUCAAAGAGAUGGGUAGGGUUUUUAUGGUGGAUCUGGAAGGGAACAUCUACAUCUGCAAACACUGUAAGACUCAUCUUUCUACAGAGCAAGACAUCAUUUCCAAGACUUUUCAAUGCAAGCAUGGAAGAGCUUAUCUCUUCAACAACGUUGUAAACAUCUCGGUUGGAGUGAAAGAAGACAGAAUGAUGAUAACUGGAAUGCAUACCGUAGUUGACAUUUUUUGUGUUGGUUGUGGAUCAAAUGUUGGGUGGAAAUACGAGUUUGCACAUGAUAAGAGCCAAAAGUACAAGGAAGGAAAAUCCGUUCUUGAAUUAUAUAAGAUUUCGGGUCCUCAUGAUAGCAACGACUUGGCUAGCGAUGAAGAUGAAUGAUGCUUGAGCUCUUUCCUUCUCUAUCUCUCUCUCAGAUUUAUUUUAAAAUUGUACAUUCUUCGACCUUAGAUUUUAAUUCGUUUUGGUUCGCAUAGGGGAAGACCGGCUUAAUAAUAUGGGUCUUAUUUUGACUUUUUCUAUGAUGAAUAAAACAUUGUGAUCACUAAUGAA